CAAAUCGUCUGUAAAUUUACAAAAAAAAAAAAAAAAAAACUCUGCUCUCUCUGUCUCUCUCUCUCUCUCUCUCUCUCUCUCUCUCUGCGUCUUUGUGCUUUCUCUUCUUCACUCUGAAUCAGAGUGAAACAGAGUUGUUACCGGUUAGAGCUUUGCCAAAUUUGUCUGAAAGAAGAUUACCAUGAGUUCAUCAACAGAGAGAUAUUCAGAUUCGAUAAACCCUCGAGAUGUUUGCAUUGUUGGAGUUGCACGGACGCCAAUGGCUGGCUUCCUUGGUUCCCUUUCAUCUUUAUCGGCUACCCAGCUUGGUUCUAUAGCUAUUGCAAGUGCUCUUAAAAGGGCAAAUGUUGAUCCAUCUAUGGUGGAAGAGGUUUUCUUCGGAAAUGUGCUCAGUGCAAAUUUAGGUCAAGCUCCUGCUAGACAGGCUGCCUUAGGGGCAGGUCUACCUAAUACAGUGAUUUGUACUACCAUCAACAAAGUCUGUUCAUCGGGAAUGAAAGCAACAAUGCUUGCAGCACAGACUAUUGAAUUGGGAGUCAAUGAUAUUGUUGUGGCUGGUGGCAUGGAAAGCAUGUCUAAUGCUCCUAAAUAUCUAGCUGAAGCAAGAAAGGGAUCUCGGCUUGGACAUGAUACUAUCAUUGAUGGCAUGCUGAAAGAUGGGCUAUGGGAUGUUUACAAUGAUUUUGGAAUGGGAGUAUGUGCAGAGUUAUGCGCUGAUAAAUAUACCAUUACAAGAGAAGAGCAGGAUGCUUAUGCUAUUCAAAGCUUUCAUCGUGGAAUUGCUGCACAAAGAAGUGGUGCCUUUGCAUGGGAAAUAGUUCCAGUUACUUUAUCUGGGGGAAGGGGGAAAGCAGCUACAAUUGUUGAUAGAGAUGAAAGUUUAGGAAAGUUUGAUGCUGAGAAACUAAGGAAGCUUCGACCAAGUUUCAAGGAGAAAGGAGGUUCUGUUACAGCUGGCAAUGCUUCUAUCAUAAGUGAUGGGGCAGCUGCAUUUGUGUUAGUGAGUGGUAAAAAAGCACUUGAACAUGGAUUACAAGUGAUUGCGAAGAUCAGAGGGUUUGCUGAUGCUGCUCAGGCACCUGAAUGGUUUACAACUGCUCCAGCACUUGCAAUACCAAAAGCUAUUUCAAAUGCUGGUUUGAAGGCAUCCCAAAUCGACUACUAUGAAAUAAAUGAAGCAUUUUCUGUUGUGGCUCUUGCCAAUCAAAGGUUACUUGGUCUUAGUCCUCAAAAGUUGAAUGUGCAUGGUGGAGCUGUAUCUUUGGGACAUCCACUUGGUUGCAGUGGUGCUCGUAUCUUGGUCACAUUGUUAGGGGUCCUGAGACAUAAGAAUGGGAAGUUUGGGGUUGCUGGAAUCUGCAAUGGGGGAGGAGGAGCUUCUGCUCUUGUUCUAGAGCUCACGUCAAAUGUGAAGGUGCCCCGUUCCAUGUUAUGAAAGUGACACUCUUCUGUUAUGUUGGCUUACCUGCUAGCUGUCGUCCUCUGUAUUCUGUGAAGUACUAUUUUCACAGCAGUAUCUAAUUUCCAUAUGUCCAAGUAGAUGAGAUUUCUCCUUGAUGCACAUCUCUAGAAUGAUUUACAGGGACUGCAAGUUCAUUAUAGAAAGAGAGAAUAUAAUCUAAACAUAUGAUUUGCACGACCUAGAUUGCAGUUGCCAUAAAUGACUUGGAAGAACGUAACUUAUUCAAUCAGUUUUUUCUGCCCAUUCUAUUCCAUGGUCUCUCAGGUACAUAUAAAUUUCUUGCACCUGAUAUUUCCCUAUUCCAAGGUGUUAUUCCGGCAUAAAAUUGUAUUGCUAAUAGUAUGCUUGAGGGCAGAAUAAUUAAAUAUAUAGUGUAUGAUGCGUUAAGACUUGAUUUCUAAA